AUGGCCCGUACUAAGCAGACAGCCCGUAAAUCCACCGGAGGGAAGGCUCCCAGGAAGCAGCUGGCCACCAAGGCUGCCAGGAAAAGCGCUCCCGCUACCGGUGGUGUCAAGAAACCUCACCGUUACCGCCCUGGCACGGUAGCUCUUCGGGAAAUCCGUCGCUAUCAGAAAUCCACUGAGCUGCUGAUCCGCAAACUGCCCUUCCAGCGCCUGGUCUGUGAGAUCGCCCAGGACUUCAAAACCGACCUGCGCUUCCAGAGCUCUGCUGUCAUGGCCUUGCAAGAGGCUAGCGAGGCUUACCUGGUUGGCCUCUUCGAGGAUACCAACCUGUGUGCCAUCCACGCCAAGAGAGUGACCAUCAUGCCCAAAGACAUCCAGCUGGCUCGCAGGAUUAGAGGAGAGCGCGCUUAA